AUGACUUUUGACGAGAUCCUGUCCCUGGUUGGAGACUUCGGACCUUAUCAGGAAUGGAUUUUCUUGCUUUUGUGCGUACCGGCGAGUCUUCCGACGGCAGCUUCGCUUUUCAACCACAUUUUCAUCUCGGCGGUUCCAGAGCAUCGCUGCCACCCUCCCAUCUCAUCGGUGAAGGCUCUCAUCCUCAACAGAAGCCUAGCAGCACAUGAGGAUUACUUGCGCGUCUUGUACACUUUGUUCAUACCACGAGAAGCUUCCGGACGUUUUUCGCAAUGUGUUCAUUAUGAUAUCGAUAUAAAUUCUGUCGUCGAUCAAGUAAUCGCGCAGAGCAAUCACCCGAACUCCUCUUCCGUGGAGAGUUUCGUCGCACGGAAUCGAUGGCCAGUGGUCAAGUGUCAGAACGGGUGGGACUACGACACGACGCAAUAUUCCGAAACUCUCGCGAGCAAGAUGGACGUGGUUUGCGACUUGGCCUGGUGGAUCUCCGCCACUCAAAGUGCCUUCUACGCGGGAGGCAUGAUCGGUUGCCCUGUCUUCGGUCGAAUGUCCGACAAAUGGGGUCGGCGGCCGGCGUUCCUCCUCUCCUUGGCCGUCAUGAUCUCAGGAAAUAUCGCGGAGACUUUCCCCCACAAUUAUUUUGCCUACGCGAUUAUUCGCUUCAUCGUCGGGCUCAGCUUUCCUAGCGUUUUCAACCUAUCCUUCCUGAUCGAGAGCCCCCGAUGGCUCAUAUCGCAGGGCAGAACUGACGAAGCUGAGAUCAUUCUGCAAUAUAUGGCGUCUACGAACGGAAUUCAUUUACCACCAACUCUCUUGAAGGAGAAAUUGACGUCUCAACACUCUACGUCUGGACUGCCGCGCGAAGACGAUUCUUCUGAAGUCGACAUGGUACAUCUCUUCAAGUUCCCAGCCGUUUCAGGGAGAUUGAUUGUUCUAUCGAUCGUUUGGGCAAUCACUGCGAUCGUUUACACUGGGAUGAGCUUUGGAGUCUCUGAUCUGGUGUCCGAGCCCCGACUGCCUUUCCUCUCGACCGCUGUCGCCGAGAUUCCAGGGGUUUUCUUCGGCUGGUUCGCGAUGGGGCGCUACGGCAGGAAGGGUACGAUUCUCGGGACGAUGUCUUUCAACGGAAUCCUCUCCCUUGCUGUAGCUUUCAUUCCAGAAGGGUUCACGGUACUCCUCAUUCUGAUUCUGAGUCUUGCCAAGUUGAGCGUCUCAGCGACCUUCACAGUGAUCUAUCUGUUCGCGGGGGAGCUCUUCCCCACUGUGAUUCGGGGUCUGGCACUCGGCGUGGCGACAACGAUGUCGCAAGGGGGUUUGGUUUUGGCGCCCUACAUCUUACUCCUGGGCACGCUAUACGGGAGGAAUGUUCCUUUCGUGAUAUUCGGAUUGCUCGCGAUUCUGGCGACGGUGCUGUUGAUGACCCUACCAGAAACUCUGGAUGCCCCGCUACCCACUACUAUGCAGGAAGCUGAAAACUACCAGGAGUUCAUCGAGCGCGAGAGGCGAAAAAAAGCUCUGAGCGCAUGAGCAAAGAAC